AUGCCCUCACGGACCUACAGGACGUAUCGCUUCCGCAAGCGCAGCCACAAUGUGUCAGAAGCAGCAGAAGAGGCAUAUCUGAGGGAUGACAUUCCUUGUGGCAGUGACGCCUGCUCCACUUGCCAGCAUGGGCUGCCAGCUGUUUCAGCUGAUGCGCCCCACUACAUCAUCCCAGAUGCACAGGCCCUGGAUGACUUCCUGGAGAUCUUUGAGCUGCCCCAGCUUCAGAACUUCAUCCUCCUGACCAGUGUCCUUCAGGAGUUCUGGCAGCACAGCAACAUCCGGAAGAAUGCGCGCCUGAGAUCUCUGUACAGGGACGUGCGUCGCAAAUGCACUGUCUUUGACAAUCUUCACUAUGCUCCAACGGCUCCUGGGCCCUCUGAAAGGCACACAGACAGGGAGAUUGACAAGGCCGCUCGUUGGUUCUUUGGCCACUUGGAUUGCCGCAUCCCAAUCGUCGUUCUGAGCAGCCACGCUGAUCAGCAGCAGGAUUACGCAGACGGAGAUGUGGCACAUGCCGGACAUCAGGCCACCAAUUCCAUAUCAGAGGGGGAUGCAAUCCUGAUGCAAAUCCUGAGGGAUUGUGGACAUGACGUUGACUUCACCGCUUUCAGUCAACCAGCUGCGGCGGUGAAACCACAGCGGGUCUUGGAAGGAGUUGAGCACAUGCACCCAACCACCUACUUCAGCCAUUUCUGGGCUGAGUGCAUUCCGGUGAUGGAGCUGUUUGAGUCCCUCGAGGCUGCCAGGCAAGCGGCUGCAGAUGAGGGAAGCACCCCCGCCAAGGACUUCCAGUAUCCUGCCCACCUUGGAGCGUCUGCAUUGGACAGUGCUCUGUCCUCAGGCGACGUGCUGCAAGGGGUCUUGCACAUGGGCCGCAGAGGUCCCAAGGACGGCGUCGUCCGUGUGGGCCAAGGCAUGGAUGCAGGAGAGGUCCAGAUCAGUGGCAUGCAGGCCCUCAACAGGGCCAUGCAUGGUGAUGUGGUGGCAGUGCGGCUCUUGCCGAGGGAUCAGUGGCCGGCAUCCACUGCAGCCAUCUUGGAAGAGGAUGUGCAGGAAGCUUCCCCUGAAGGAAUGGACGAGGAUGCGAGCUCUGGAGCCCCAAACGGCGCGGAGCACAUCAACAGGACAAAUUUCCUUGCUCAGGCGGGCGUGAGCUCCGAUGGGAGGCUGCAGCCCAGCGGGGAAGUGGUGGCCAUCGUGCAGCGCUCUGCACAGGACGUGGCCGCGUGCCUGUCCCAGCAGGACGAGGCUGCGCUGCUGAGCAACCCAGACUCCCUCCGCUCGGAGGCGGUACUGUGUGUGCCCAUGGACCGCCGGCUGCCGCUGCUGCGGCUGCGCAGCCGGCAGCUGCUGCAGCUGGUGGGGCAGCGCUUUGUGGUGCGCGUGGACUCCUGGCAGCGCGAAUCCAGGCACCCCUCCUGCCACUUCGUGCGCACCCUCGGCGCCCUCAACGACAUGCGGGCCGAGACGGAUGCAGUGCUGGUCAAGGCGGGCAUAGAGUGGCACCCCUUCAGUGAGAGCGCAAUGGCAGAGCUGCCCAGAGUGGCAGACCCCUCUCACUGGAGCGUGCCCGACGCCGAGGCGGCUGUGAGGCGGGACCUGCGCUCUGCGGAUCAGCUGAUAUGCAGCAUCGACCCGCCCGGUUGCACUGAUGUGGAUGAUGCUCUGAGCGUGAGGGAGCUGCCCUCUGGCGAUCUGGAGAUUGGCGUGCACAUUGCGGAUGUCAGCCACUUUGGAGGAUUUCUGGAUGGGGAGGCUGCUGCACGGUGCACAACAGUGUAUCUGGUGGAUAGGAGGCUGGACAUGCUACCUGCGCUGCUCAGCGAGCAGCUGUGCAGCCUGCGCUCAGGCACUGACCGCCUGGCUGUCAGCGUCCUCUGGACGCUCAGCCCUGACCUCCAUGACCGAGACGUCUGGUUUGGUCGCACAAUCAUCAGGUCGAGGUACCAGCUGGAGUACCAGCAAGCGCAGGACAUCAUGGACGGGCGGCCGCCGCGGCCUGAGCACGAUCACAUCGCGCCCCAGGAUCGCCCCAGGCUGCUGCGCAACCUACACACCCUGGCUCGCAUUGCAGCACACCUCAGGGCAGGCCGCUUGCAGGACGGCGCACUGGAGCUGGAGAGUGCAGAGCUGCGCUUCGAGACGGCGGCGGAGGGGCAGCCAACAGAGGUGAUGGGCAAGGCCGAGGUGCCUAUGAUGGCGGUGGUCGCUGAGAUGAUGAUCUUUGCCAACUCAGCCGUCGCCAGGCGCAUCCAUCAGGCCUUCCCCAGUAGCACCCUGCUGCGGCGACACCCGCCGCCCAGGCAGGACGCCUUCAAAGAGGUGGAGGCGCUGUGUGAGGCAGGGGGAUGUCCUUUGGACACUUCAUCAAAUGCGGCCCUGUCACGGUCUUUGGAGGCCGCGGUGAUGGCCUCGGGAGACCCGGCAAUCGGCAGCCUCAUCAAAUCGCUCGUGACGCGCGCCAUGUCGGAGGCAGAGUACUUCUCCUCAGGUGAUGCCAGGCCAGGCGGCGGCGGCUUGAGCCAUUUUGGGCUGGCCCUGCAGCACUACACCCACUUCACAUCCCCCAUCCGCAGAUAUGCAGACGUGGUCGUGCACCGCCAGCUAAUGGCUGCCCUCAACAGCCCUGACAUGGCCCCACCCGUCCGCCACUCAAAACUCCAGCAAGUUGCUGGCGUCAUGAAUGAGCGGCACCGCCAGGCAAAGCGUGCUCAGCGGGAGUGCGCUGACCUCUACCUGCUCCUUCUGCUUCACAGCAAGCCGCAUGUGGAGGCUGCGAUUGUGUACGAGGUCCAGCCGUCCGGGGUGCUGCUCUUUGUGCCCAAGUACCACAUCAAGGGCGCUGUGCAGCUUGCUGACAGGGCAGGACGCCCCAUCCCCCUUCUGAGGGAGGGAUUCGUCGAAGAUCUCAACGACCCGUUCCUGGUCGCAGAGCGGCAGAAGCUGAUGCUUCACCAUGGUGAGAGCUACAUAAGCAUAGUGGACAGGGAGUCUGGCGCAGAGAGGGACAGGCUGUCAGCCAUGCAGCGGGUGUGGGUGAUGCUGGGAUCAGACGGCUCCCGCGCCCACGGGCCGCGCCUCAGAAUGCGCAUCCUUGCUCCCUCACACCCUGCCACUCCUGCCCUCGACCAUCAGGCCGCACAAGUGACUGAGCAGUGGGCGCCAGCCAUUGCAACUCAGCGGCAGGCGUUGGCUUCGCAGAGGGAGGAGCAAAGCACCACAGCUGAGGGACCCUCUGAAGAGCAGGCAACAUCGUUGGCUGGGAUCCUGCAUGACUUUGGGGGUCAAGCUGCACCGGAGGGAGGGGCCGGAAAAUCACUGUUCAACUUGCGCGCUUGGGGUGCAAACCUGGUGAACAACCUGCUGCUAGGGCAGGAGCAGAAGCAGCGGCCUGAGCAGCGGUCCAGCGAUGGCACCACUCAGCAGGAAGGGACAGGGGCGAGCGAGGGCGCUAGUGCAGAGCUGCGCAUCUUGCCAACCACAGCAGAGGAAGAGUCGUGGGAGCUCUGGAAAGAGUAUUUCAAUGACAUGGACGACAUGUACGAGCACGCGUGCGAGAUGGAGAGCGACAUAGAGCUGGCAGCGGCAGCCGAGCAGUACGAGGAGGCCGCUAAGCUCAAGAAGGAAUACGAUGAGCUGCGCAAGAAGGACCUUGUGGAUGCCUUACUCACCGAGUUGAACACAGCGGUUGAUGAGGAGGACUAUGGCACUGCAGCGGAGUUGAGGGACAGGGGGUGUGCCGGCCUGAUCGGCUGGUGGCACUCGCGCACAGAGAACGACCCCUGCGGGCACCUGCUGCGCUUCGCGCCAGACUUUGGCCGCUACACCGCCGUCAUGUACACGCCGCGGGACUUUGCAGAGCUCAAGGGGUGGACGAACGACAGCUCGCCGUACGGCCCCUUUGGCGGGAUGGGAUUUCAGGAGAGCGUGCCGAGCGAUGAGGUGGAGCCGACGAUGGCAGAGCUGGGCAUGCCCGUGAUGGAGGUCUUUGUGCGCAAGGACUCAGCCGGCCGGUUGCAGCGCCAGGCAUGCGUCGUGAGGGAGGCCGACAAGCAGACCGAUGCAGACGGCGCUGCCAAGAACCCCCUGGAGCUCCUCUCUGCAGGUGCGCCGGCGCACAUGGACAUCCACAUGGACACAGGGGAGGCGGGCAGCGGCUCCUUCGCAAUGCGCAUCUCGCUCAACCCAGACGGCACGCCCGCCGAUAUCUCCGAGGCGCCUGCCAUCAUUGACCUGGAAGCCCUCAUGGCCGCGCCCAGCAGCGAUGCCUCCGAGCAGGCGGAUGAAGACAGUAUUGAGGAAGCAGCCUCUGCCAUGCAGCACCAGUUUUUGCGCACGCCGGCGACGGUGACGCGCAUGGACCACAACAACUUUGUGCUCAGCGUCCCGAGCGCGUCGGGGCUGGCCGAGACGGCUACUGACGACGACAGCCCGCACGCGGCGGCGCAGAGCACGCUGGACAAGCUGCGCGAGUCGCUGGCCAUGUCAUCAGACAGCGCCUUCACCGGCAUCGUGGUGCACGACAGCUACCGCAAGCUUCCCGACCCCACCGCGCAGGAUGGCGACGCAGCAUCGACGAGUGGGCAGGAGGAUGGUGAGGUGAAGAGCAAUGACGCGUGGCGCAAGGCUGCGAGCGAGGUGACGCGCAUCCACAACCAGCGCAACCCGCACCAGCCCAUGGCCCUCUCCGGCGAUGAGCUGGCCAAGGUCAUCCGCUCCGCCGCCACCGGCGCCCUCGACCUCCUCCAGCAGUCCCUCAAGCCCAACUUCUGUUUGGAGGGCACGACGCUGUACAGCCGUAUACAGACGGAUGUGCCAAAGACAGACCCCUUCACCGGCCUUUACCUGGGCACCUUUGGGCCGCACGGGCCAGAAGUGCUGCACCUGCAACGCUCCCUGACUGAGGAUGGGGAGGAGUGCGUGCUGGGCAUCAAGCUGACGGGGGACGCGAACGUGCCAGCGGGGCAUGUGUCGUUCCGGGCGCGCAUCGGCCGCAAACAUCGGCGCAGCGGCUACGAUCUCAUGUACCCGCCCGAGCUGGACAUCAGCGCGCGCUACGCUGGCGAGGGCCGCGUCGCCCACAAGGGCUUCAAGGACGCCAGGUGGGUGGAGGGUGAGCUGCUGCACUUCAGCGGCAGCAAUCCGGUGACGCGGGGCGCGGAGCUGGGCUUUGUGUGGGUGGUGCCCCACGAGCGCCGCUACCUCAUCCUCCUCUCGCGCAUCGACCUCGACGACCCCCGCCUCAACCCCUGA